AUUACAUAUAUUCCGUUUUUAAAUGAAUUCGUAUUCGCAAAAUUUAAUUAUACAAAAAGUUAUCAAAUUCACACAGAGUGCAAAAAGACACAAAAUAUCGGGAAUAUAACACUUACUUAUAAUAUAUGUAUAAUUCAAUAACUGAAAAUUUCUACAUAAGAUCUACUUUUUUUUAAUUAUAUUUAUAAAAAUAUGAUUUCACAUAAACAUCUACAGCCUAAUUUUAAGUUUGGAUCCUGACGUUUUGAAGAAAAUGUUUACAACGUUUUAUCAUACUAAUAAGAAAAAAAUAUGUCUUUUCUUUUCGAACAAUUGUCAAAUACUGACUGAUUUCUCCAAUUGCAAUUCUCCAAGUGCGUUAUUACGAAAUUGAAAGAAAAAAAAAUGAGUUUGAUUGACAGCUCUACACAUGCAUGAGAAUAUAUUCUUCCUUAAAAUCCUAUAUAUAAAUCUGCAAGAAAAUUGCAGAAGGAAAAUUACUAUUCAAAUAGUCAAAUAAAUAUUUCCCUUUGAAAAAUCGUAAUAAUUCAUGGGUAUCGAUCGAUGCGUAUUCCUUCUUGCAUGCACGAGUCAUAACGCACAUCAAUUGUUAAUGUUUUUUUUUAUUCCCCUCUAUAUUUAUCUUUUCCCAGAAAAAUGCAAGAGUGCGUGAGAGGGUGGAAAAAUCAUGAAAAUACAAUCAUAAGUAUUACGACCAUCGAAGAGAAUGGAUUUCAAUGCUAACGAGUAUUAUAAAAUUAUAGGAGUUAGCUAUAGUAUAUUUGGUUUAUCCUCGUAUAAAUACACUCGAUUAAAGAUACUUCAUAUUGCUGUCAUAUAUUUAAUAUUCUCGAUCGCUGUAUAUUUAAUAGUACGAAGUGAUUUUUCGAUUUCUUAUUAAAAUAUAUUUAUUAUAUUUCGUGUUACCAUUUUUGUUAAUUUAUAUAAUUUUUUAAUUACAGUUCGCUCCCAUUUAUACGAAUAUUUGUACUCAGCAUGAAAUAUUAAUAUACGAUUCCCAACAACUAAUCGUGAUAAUCAUAAGUUUUCUAUCAUAUACUCUUUUGCUCGUCCAAUGUGUAGACUUCAAGGAUUGGUUAAAAAGAGUAGAAUUUAAUUGGAAUGAAUUACGGGAUUGCGAAGAAGAGUUUAGAAUAUUUAAAUCAAACGCCCUGAUUGGAAAACGUAUUACAUUUAUUUAUCUUGGUAAGAAUUCAUCUCAAGUCAUUAUGAACGUAAUAUUUGAAUUUUUAAAUAUUUCAGUUGCCGCUUCUAUAGUUUUUCUUUCUAUUUUCUUGGUGACAUAUUUUGAGGCUCACGUUAUUCAUAUCGCGAUAUCUCUUAACAAGUCUCGAUCAUCUUUCGUUCUGUUCACUACAUGUCAUUUCUUCGAAUUAUAUAAAAAUAAUUAUUUCGGUAUUAUUCUUUUAAACUGUUACUACGUUUUUGUUUUAUUAGUUUUUUUAAACCGUGAUAUUCUUUUUAUAAAUACCGUUGUGCAUAUAUGUGGAUUAUAUAAGAUUGCUAGGUAAGUGAAAUUUAUUUAUCGAGUUUAUCAUACAAGAAAUUUAAAUAUGGUUGAAUUUUGUUACUUUUUAGAUACCAAUUGAAAGAAGCCAUUUCUGGAGAGCAUAACGUUAUUCAUAAAAAAAUAAGGGAAUCAAUGAAAACGUAUAAUUUCAUAAUAAAGUUAAUAUCUUCUUUAUUUUGCAAUAUAUCUUUCUAUACAUAGAAAAAUAUUAUAUAUAUCUAAUUAUAUAUAUAUCUUGGAACAAAAAUUAUAAUAUUUAUUAAUAUAUUAAGCAUUUAACAUUUAUUUUAAUAAAAGAUAUCAACUUUUAUUAUUUUCUUAUAAUAACAUCUUGACUGACUUUUAAUAUAUAAUAUUACACGUAUAUUAUUUCAAUGAAUUUCUAUUAAUUGAAUAUGCUUCGUAGGUGGAUUAAAUACGCGAAUGAUAAGUUAUUAUACAAUUAUCUAGUAAGCUUCGCAUUAUCCAUAUUUGCUUUCGCAGCUAUAAUCUUUAAUGUAAAUAAAACUAAUAUCAUUAAAAUUUAAGUAACCGAAUACUGAUACUUGUAAUUGCUUUUAGGUUUUCAAUCGAGACAUUCACUUUAAUUACAUUUAUGUUAUAAAAUUUUACAUAAUUAUAAUGUUUUCGUGUUUCAUUUUUCUCAUCUACUACUUGUCGCAACGUGUUCUCGACGAAACGUUCAAGUUCUUUGAUACUCCGUACAAUGGGGAUUGGUAUGAUUUACCUUUACCCAUACAAAAAUUAUUACUUUUUAUCAUACAAGGAAGAAAAAAACCGAUAUUAUUAUCAAUUUGUGGAAUAUUCGUGCCUACGUACGAAAUGUUACUUAUGCAAUACAAAUUGACAUGGUCCUGCUUCAUAAUGCUGUACUCUAUUCAAAAGUAAUGUUAAUUAUUUGUAGACACACUCUUUUUUAAAUCAAUUUUAAAUAUUUAAAUCAAUUUGAAUAUCAUAAUAAUAAUAAUCAUAAAAUAUAUCAGUUUUGUCUUUAUUUCAUUUACAAUUUAAUGAUUUCUUAUUCCAAUAUGAAAUUAUUGAAAAAGAAAUAAUAGUCAAAAUUCAAUAUCUAUAGUUUAUGUCCAUUAAUAUCAUAUUCUUAUUUCUUUCCUUGCAUAUCUUUAUUUAUCAAUUUCUCUGAAAAUUAUUUUCAUAAUAAUAUUUUGAGAAACAC